ACAGGGAGGCUACAAUAGUCCGCCAUGUCCGCCAUGUCCACCAUGUCCACUCUGCCAUGUACGGAAUACAAAGAAUACCUAAUCACAAAUCUUGUCUUCCAGUUACUCUCGGAGGAAUAUUUGGCUUCAGAAGCCACUUUGAAGCCUUACUUGGCAGCUUGGGUUAGAGAGCUAGUGUCUUGUCGCCUUCCGUUCGUUCCGAAUCCUCUAUGCACUUAUUACACACUCAUUUUUUAUAUCCUAUGGCUCGAAAUAUUACACCCUCUGCCAUUGCUGACAUAGGCUCUCCGUGAGAGGAUUUCUGCCGAUGCUUUCGAAACGGUUUGCAAUGUGGUUACAUUCGUUCAAAAUUGCGCAUAAUGCCUCGAACGUCUAUAAAUGUAGAUUUUGACGUAAAAAAGAAGCAAGGCGUAGACACAAUCCCGAAGGCAGCUCGGCAGACCCGGAUGCGAUUGGAAGCAAUUGGAGAAACCGUACAAGAAUGCGCCGCGCAAUGGUACAAGAGAUAUUUGCUAGAGAUUAUAUUACGACAGAAGCCUUUAAACCCUUCAAAAGAUGGGCGACACGUCCCGCUGCAAGUCGAGCAAGAACAAGUUUUAAUCGAUGAACGACGCGGCCAACCGUACAUAUCGAAUGCGAUUCGAACUUCGAGAUAUACCUUGAUCGAUUUCAUACCGAAACAGUUGAUAUUUCAGUUCACACGGCUAGCGAAUUUCUAUUUCCUCUGCGUCGGUAUUCCCCAGGCGAUCCCGGGCCUAAGUACAACAGGAAGUUACACGACUAUCUUGCCUUUGCUAUUCUUUGUUCUCCUCACGAUCGUUAAAGAGGGUUACGAUGAUUAUAAGCGUCAUCGGUUAGAUAAUCUAGAGAACGCGAAUUCUACAAGGGUUCUAAGACCGAAAUCUCGAGGCGUAAAUGCUGUUUCGCCGGUUCAAAAAUGGUUGACAGGUACAUUCAAAAGUAACGGCGCAGAUAUAAAUCAUUGGGACGACGGGGACGAGACCGAUGGAGACUACGGGUGGAGGCGAGUUGAGUGGCAGGAUGUCAAAGUUGGCGAUGUCGUCAAGCUAGUUCGCGAUGAAGCAGUGCCAGCCGACCUAGUUCUUUUAUACGCCACAGGAGAGAAUGGACUAGCUUACAUCGAUACUAUGGACUUGGACGGCGAAACCAAUCUUAAGAGUAAGGAAUCACUUCCGGAUUUCCAAGGUUGCCAAGCUAUUUCUGGUAUUCGCAGCUGUCUAGCCGAGUUCGUCCUCGAGGACCCGAAUCCUGAUUUAUAUCGUUUCGAUGGGCGUGUUACAGUACGCGGCCGAACGCUCCCUUUAACGUCUAAUGAAGUCAUAUAUCGAGGUAGUACACUCAGAAAUACUACUUGCGCCAUUGGGAUAGCGAUUAACACUGGAGAGGAGUGUAAAAUUCGCAUGAAUGCGAAUCAGCAUCCUCGUGCCAAGAAGCCGGCACUAGAAACUAUUGCUAACAAGAUUGUCAUUACUCUCGCCUUCUACGUUAUUGUUCUGACGGUCGGGUGCUCCAUGGGCUACAUCAUCUGGCGGAGGUCUACCGAGCGAGUCUCUUGGUAUGUCUCCAUGGCCACAGUCGAGUUUAAGCAAAUCAUUAUCGGUUAUGCAAUCAUGUUCAACAAUGUCAUCCCCCUUGCGCUCUACGUCACUCUCGAGAUAACUAGGAUCGGCCAGAUGCUUAUGUUAAACAAUGACGUGGAAAUGUAUGAUGAGGUAACUGAUACUCCGGCUCGGUGCAAUACUAAUACUAUUUUGGAGAAUCUUGGCCAAGUCAGCUACAUAUUCUCUGACAAGACAGGCACGCUCACAGAGAAUGUCAUGAAGUUUCGCAAAAUGAGUAUUGCAGGGACCUCUUGGUUACACGAAGCAGAUAUUCAGUCUGAAGAAGAUACAGUGGCGACAGGUCUUGGCCUUGCUGUUGAUGCAGGAGUUGCGAUGCCGCGCAAGUCCAGAGAGGUUGCUAGUGUGAUUCACGAAGAUAUCGAGCUUUAUCCCCUAUCGCCAGCGGCAUCAAGUGUCACACCUCGGUCAGAAAGGAGGUCGUCGUCGCAAUGGAGGUCAAGUGCUCGCCCAGACCAUAUGCAGCCCAAUGUUACAACCUCAGACUUGCUGGAGUAUAUCAGGUUGAGGCCGACAUCGCCUUUUGCGAGACGAGCCAAGGAUUACAUACUCUGCAUGGCUCUAUGCCACACAUGCUUACCAGAGGUCAAAGAUGGGGUAGUCGACUUUCAAGCUUCGUCUCCGGACGAACUGGCGCUUGUCCGUGCUGCACACGAACUUGGAUACCUGGUUGCCCACCGGUCAUCUCAGGCUGUGACCUUACAAAUUGACAACGGGGAUGGUAGCCAGAAGACAGAGGUGUACCAGAUUUUAGAUGUCAUCGAGUUUAGUAGCAAGCGGAAACGCAUGUCGAUUAUUGUACGCUUUCCCGACGGGAGAAUUUGUCUCAUCUGCAAAGGUGCUGAUUCAAUAAUCAUGCCUAGGCUUAAAUUGGCCCAUUUAGCGAUACAAAAGGCAACAGAAGUCCGUAAAAGCGUUGAGGUAGAACGUGAAUUACUUCGAAGGAGCGAGCAGUUAGAUGUGGGAAAUAACUUCGGGGGGCGUCCAAGCAUAACUUUACGACGGAAUAUCACAGGUAGUCGAAAUAGCAUAACCGUUGCACAGCCCACUACACCGGUCAAUAUCCCGACGAUCGUACGGAGCAGGUCCGUUGAAGGAUCCCAAACGCGGCACUCUGCAGAUAAACUUCGCCCGUCUUUAGGCAUACGAACUACGUCUCUCGACGUGACCAAGACGCUAUCAAGACUAAGCCCAUCAACCCCCAAGCCACCACCGGAUAAGUUUGGGUUCCUUGAUGAUUCCUCUAUACAUGACGAGUCAAUAGUAUUCAGUCGAUGCUUUAAGCAUUUGGAUGACUUUGCUUCCGAGGGUUUACGUACUCUCUUGUUUACGCGAAAAUUCAUACCUGAAAAUGAAUACGAGACGUGGAAGAAGGUUUAUAAUGAAGCAACGACAAGUUUAGUAGAUCGUCAGGAAAUGAUCGAAACGGCUGGCGAGUUGAUCGAGCAGUCACUCGACCUUGUGGGGGCGACAGCGAUUGAGGAUAAACUCCAAGUUGGCGUGCCGGAAACCAUCGACAAGCUCCGUCGUGCCAAUAUCAAAAUAUGGAUGUUGACAGGGGAUAAGCGCGAAACAGCAAUUAACAUUGCUCAUUCGGCACGAAUAUGUAGGCCAGGUUCCGAUAUAUUCAUUCUUGAUUCCUCGAAGGGCUCGUUGGAGACACGGAUCAAUGAUAUAUCUGAGGAAAUUGCAAUUGGCUGCACUCAUAGCGUAGUCGUUGUUGAUGGUCAGACCCUAGCGGUUAUCGAGCAGUCAAUACGACUUACAGACCUCUUCUACACUCUUAUUCCUUUAAUCGACUCCGUCAUCUGCUGUCGUGCGUCACCCGCUCAGAAAUCUUUGAUUGUGAAAGCCAUUCGGCAGCGAGUGCCAAGCGCUCUAACACUCGCUAUUGGUGACGGCGCAAAUGACUUGGCCAUGAUUUCUGCCUCUCAUGUCGGAGUCGGAAUCUCUGGUAAAGAGGGACUACAGGCUGCUCGUGUAGCUGACUAUGCCAUUGCACAAUUCCGCUUUCUUCAGCGCCUACUCCUUGUCCAUGGCCGUUGGAAUUAUGUCCGCACGGCGAAGUUUAUCCUCGCAACUUUUUGGAAGGAAAUGUUCUUCUAUCUACCAACAGCGAUGUACCAGCGCUACAACGGAUACAGCGGAACCAGUCUUUAUGAGAACUGGAGCUUAACUAUAUUCAACGCGCUGUUUACGAGUCUGUGCGUCUUGUGUUUGGGUAUUUGGGAGCAGGACCUCAGCGCGGAGACGCUACUUGCUGUACCUGAACUAUACGUACACGGACAGAGGAAUAAGGAGUUAAAUAUCCCCAGGUUCGUACGUUGGAUGGCUGCAGCAGCUGCAGAAGGUGUACUAGUGUGGCUCGGGGUAUGGGCUGCCUAUAGCGUCUACGGACAGGCCCGCGACGAUGCACUUUUUGCGUUUGGCGACUUAGUAUUUACGAUUGGAGUACUAUGGAUUAACUGGAAGAUCUUUAUUCUCGAGACGCAUUAUAAGUCGGCGGUUGUUAUGAGCGCUUUUGGUAUUACUCUCGCUGGGUGGUGGGCUUGGCAGGCAUUCCUCUCGGGGGUCUAUGCAGCGCAACCAAGCCCCUAUCCAGCCAGGCACGGAUUUGAAGACACUUUUGGCCAAGACCCCCUUUGGUGGCUGACACUAAUAGUCAUGUUGUUUGUACUCAUCUCGAUAGAGCUGGUUUACAAGACAGUGAAACGCAACAUGAUCAUCACAGGUACCUGGCAAUGGCCGCCAUGGAAACAGAGGAGCCCCGACGACAGCUUGGAGGAAUGGGGCUUGGAGAUUUGGCAGGAAUUAGAAAAGGACCCGGUUAUGCGCGAGCGGCUGCGAAAGGCAUGCAUAGAAGAAGGCGAGGUCGAAAACGAGGAACAGGACAGCAUUGACCCGGACGACAUAAUUAAGAUUAUUUGAAGAAAAAGCAUCUGUCGGCGUUUUAUGGACCUACACAUUUAUUUAUAUGUAUAUAUACCUACCUAUAUAACCUAACCUAUCUACUAACGGCGGUUUGGGUCAGGUUUCUAUUGGGAUUCUUUUAGGGCAUCUCUCUUUUAGGGCAUCUCAGGGGUUAAAUACCAGGUAGAUAUAUACCCAGCGCGCUGUUUCUACAGAUAUAUACAUAGAUCCCUAUUUUUAUAUGUACAUAAACUAUUAAUUCAUAUGUAUAAUUCAUGUCCAAU